GCAAAGUUUAGGGCGCAAAGGUAAAUCAGAUGGAAUGAGAUCAUAAGCAUUUGAAGAUAUUGAUAUUUUAGUCAAAAAUAGGGGAAACCGAAGGAAAUUUUUAAUCGAAGUUAAUUUUAGAGAGUUUUUGAAUGGGUCUAUCCCAGAAGGUCAACUUACCCAGAAGAGUUAAAGCCAAAUAUUUGAGAGAUAACGACAGAUUUGUGCAGAUUAAGACGGAUUUGUGGGUAUUAAGGGGGAUAUCGAGGAUUUGGGAGGAUUUUUGGACUUGAAUUUUUGGGUCAUUUGACUUCCUGGAUCACCUCCUAGCCUGUUUAAAUAAAAAUUUUUUAAUUUUUUAAAUAAUAGCAAGUCUAUUUAUUUAUUUUUGCAUAAUUUUUGUCUCUUUUAAAUUUGCAUAAUCGCAAUAUAAACAAAUAAAAAAUUUCAAGGGCCCAUAUAAUUUGAAAGAAAAAACAAGCGCAGUGUCAGGCGGAGAUUGACAAUAAGAAAAAAUUGAGAGAGAAAAUAGAAAAAAAUAAGAAAAAUGCCGACUAAAAAUAAAAUUUUUUAAUUGUUUUUUAAUUUCAGAUGCCUUAAAUAUAUGCAAAGAACCAUUAGUACCAACAGAUUCACAUAUAAAGGCGUUGGCAAUAUAUCCGGAUUCUAACAAAUUGAUUGAAUGCACCUCUCUUUAUCAGGACCCCGAGAUGCUUUAGACGUGCCUUCAGUCUCCUCCAUUUCACUGGAAAAUGGCCGCCUUUUUGAGUUUACAGAGCAGUCAAUCAGUUCUGGAACCUAUAUGAAACUGGAUUAUAGAAGGAUGCCGUUUUUUAGAAUUGACUAUGUUGGUGGUUUUGAGGCAAAUGGUUUCGCUUAUUUUGCCACAAGACAGCCUAAAUAUACACCGCAACCUGAUGCCAAACCGAUUAUUCCAAAGUUGGUUCGAGUCUGUACUCAAGAUCCAAAUUUCUACUCAUAUACUGAAGCUCCAUUAGAGUGUGAAUGGGCGGGCCAGAGUUACAAUCUUCUCCAAGCAAUUUAUUUGGCCAAUGCUGGGUUUGAUCUUGCGGCAACAAUGCGAUUAAAACCAACUGAUCUUGUUCUGUUUGGAGCAUUUGCAAGAGGGGAAGGCCCAGAGAGGAACCUAACAACUCGAGAUUCUGCGUUAUGUGCUUUUUCUCUUCGACAUAUCGAAGCCAAAUUUUUUGAGAAUGUUCGUGUCUGUUACAACGGAAAUACACGUACAAACCUUCCUUGGUUCAAUUCUGAUAAAAUGUGUACGGCAACACGAUAUCCUGACUCUGAAAUUAUGUGUGGCAAAGAUGUGAAUAGCUAUAUCGGUGGAGAGAUACCAAUUUCGGCUAGAGCCUUCCUCGUGGAUCGAACUUCACUUUUUACUUCCUUAGCCAUUUCAUCCGUUCAAACAGCUACUGUUGCAUUUAUUGGCACGAGUGAUGGUGUUCUUCAUAAGGCGUUACUAGAAGGUGAUGAUGGACAAUCACACAUCUUUAAGUCAAUCCAAGUUAGUAGCGAUGGAACUCCUAUCUUGCAGGACAUGGAAUUGGACGAAAAGAAGGGAUUUCUAUACGUACUACAAAAGCGGGCGCUAUACAAGAUAAACAUUCGUCUUUGCGCUCAAUCACAAGAUUGUCACUCUUGUUUGAAUGCUGGUGAUCCUUACUGUGGUUGGUGUUUAAAACCAUCGGCAUGUACAACACAAGAAGUUUGUGAGGCGGAUGCUUUAAAUCCACGUGCAGACUGGCUUAAUUACAAAUCAGGGCGUUGUCCUGCUAUUCGUUCAGUGGAACCACGAGAGCAACAAAUUACAUUUUCACGUCCUAUUCAUGUUCGUAUUGAAAAUGCGCCACCAGCACUUGCUAGUCAUGAUGGAUCAACUAAAGCAACGCUCUACUGUUCUUUUUAUUUUCCAAAUCAUUUGCUAGUCAAUGUUUCAGCUAUUUCUAGAGAAGGAGAUCAAGUUGUUUGCGCAACACCAAUUCGUUCAAACCUCAAGACUCUUUUGGCUCGAACUCAGACAAUAAACGACGUAGCACGGGAUGGACUUGUUGCUCGUCUAUCAAUAGUUCAAAUUGCUGAUUCCGCCGUGCUUGCUUCAACUAAUUUUACUUUCUUUGAUUGUCAUCAAUUAAUCAGUUGUCAAGAAUGUGCUUCUGUUCGUUUUAGUUUAUGCGAUUGGUGCACACUAACUGCUAAAUGUGUCCCAAAUGCUGAGGACGUUUGUCAAGGAGAAUCACUUGUUAACUCCGUCAGUAGAAUUGGUCCUUCUUCGCGACGGGGCCCUGAAUUCUGUCCUCAAUUUUCAUCUCCAGAUGGCGAUUUGUUUGUUUCAUCAGGUCAGCGUCGCAGAGUUAAAGUUCAGGCUACCAAUUUACAUGAACAAAUGGGGGCCUUCAAAUGCCAAUAUACUCUAAUUGAGCAAAAUAGUGUUACGCAUGAAAAAUUGGCACAGCGAGAAGGAAAUGAGAUUGUUUGUGAGGAGAUGCUUUUUGAAUUUAACGGUUCUGGUGAUGGUAAUGGGACUGGUACAGCUCUAUUUAAUAUUGUUUGGGCACCACCUGGUUUAACAACUUCUACUAUUUUUCACCCGCUUGAUAACAGUCAAAAAAUGAAAGUGAUAAUUUAUCGGUGUCAACAAUUGGCCACAAACUGUGGCCUUUGUUUAGGACUGGAUUCGAGAAAGUUUGAAUGUGGAUGGUGUGAAAAUGAGGGAAUUUGUUCUCCAAAAAAUGACUGCAAAGAAGGUCCAAUCAAUGGAGGAACAAAAAUAACUAUUCAUGGCACUAAUUUGGGUUUAAGUUUUGCUGAUGUUCGUGAUACUGUGCGGGUUGCGAGUGCUAAAUGUGAUGUCAGUGAGGCAGAGUAUUUGCCUUCUCGACGCAUUGUUUGCUACACAAGAGCACCUAGCACACGUCAAAAGCAGGGACAGCACGUGAUUGUACGUUUGCGUGAUGAUCGUAAAUACACGGCUGUUUCUACGCAGACUUUCACUUACACAAACCCUCAAAUAUCAUCUUUUCAGCCAUUUAGAGGACCAAAAAGUGGUGGAACAGAUUUGACAAUUCUUGGUAUGGAUCUCGACUCUGGUAUUACUUUUAACCUCAGUAUUGGUAAUUCACCCUGUGAGCUGCGUCAAAGGUCUUCUUCUAUGGUCGUAUGUAGAACGGGUCCAGCUUCAUCUGAAAAGCCUGAGUAUUUGGUUUUGAAUGCAGAUGGUACUCAAAUACGGGUCGAUAAUGUUCAAUUUCAAUACACUGCCAAUCCUUCAAUUGAUCGUGUUCCAAAACCUGUUUCCACUAUUUCUGGUGGAAUUCUAAUUGAUGUACAUGGCAAUGGUUUGGAUCUAUUGCAGCGGCCUCGAAUGAUGAUCAACUGGGAAGGACAGACCUUUUGGGGCGCUAAAUGUGAAAUAAUUGACGAGCAUCUAAUGAUAUGUAGAACUCCACCUUUAGAAUUAUCUUUGGAUCGCCGUAUUCAAUUGAGCAUUGAACGGCCUUUGCGAGUAGAUUAUGGAUUCGAUUUGGAUGGCGCACUCACUGGCAACUUGACUUCAUCAGCAGACCGAACACUUCCUAAACUAUUGGUUUUUUUUGAUCCACGUCUUCAACCUCUCCCUGAAGUGCUAACUGUCCGACCAGGAGGAGAUUUAGUUCUAAAGGGGCACAAUCUAAAUUUGGCAGCGUCUGCACGCGAUGUUCGUGUCACUGUUGGAGGUAUGCCAUGUAAUGUAACUGCAUUGGCUAUUAAUACACUCACAUGUGUUUUACCUCAACACUUGGAUGAAGGACAACGCGAUGAACAAAUGGAUGUGCUAGUUUAUAUCGGAGACAAAAUAGAGAAGGUCGGAGAGGCGUCUCAACACUUUCGGGUUCCAGAUCCUUCACAAUGGCUUAUUUUAACUGUUGCUGUUGCCUUCCUUGGAGUAUUUUUGGCAUUGAUGCUUUUCGUUUUUUAUCGUCGCAAAGCUACUUGUCACAAUAGACAAUUGCAUUAUUUAAAGGCUCAAAUGAAUUCAAUCGAGAUGCGCGUUGCACAAGAGUGCAAAGAAGCUUUUCACGAAUUACAAACAAAUAUGAAUGCUUUGGCUGGUAGUGUGCCACAGGGUGCGUCUUUCAUCCCUUUUCUGCCAUAUUCAGUUUAUGCCGCUCGUAUUCUUUUUCCACAUUUUUCUGGUACUUCACCGGCAUCAUUGCAUCCUGUCCUAAGAGAAUUGACUGUUGAACAAGAUAGAGCUUUACAAGUAGAAAGUAGCUUAAGGCAAUUGCACUGCCUUCUCCAGAAUCGUAUUUUUCUUCUAUGCUUUGUUCGUUCUAUUGAUGCUAACAAAUAUUUGCUGGUAAAGGAUCGUGUUUAUGUUGGUUCUCUUUUAAUGGUUGUUCUACAGCGUGACUUUAAUGUGCUCACUGACGUGCUCAAACAAUUGCUCAGGGAUUUAAUUAGACGGAAUGUUGAGAGUAAAUUUCAACCAAAAAUUCUUUUUCGUAGGGCAGAAUCUGUGGCUGAAAGAAUGUUAUCUGCCUGGUUUGCAUUUCUCAUGUAUAAACAUUUGAGGAGAAGUGCUGGCAAACAACUUUAUCAACUUUACUGGGCUACAAAACAACAAACUGAAAAAGGACCGCAAGAUGCUAUAACAAUGGAUGCCCGUUAUUCCCUUUCAGAGGAAAAACUUUUGCGUGCUUCUGUUGACUUUAGGGAGCUAACAAUUUUUAUUUUGUCUGACUCAAAUUCUACAGUUUGUGAUACACAAGUUCGUGUACUUGAUUGUGAUUCUAUUGGACAGGUUAAAGAGCGUUGUUUGGAUGCUAAAUAUAAAACAACACCUUUUUCUGAACGUCCACUAUCUUCAGAAAUUGAUCUUGAAUUGCGUACACCAAAACAUAGGAUGGUUUUGCAAGAUCUAGAUGGAAGUUCUCGAUUUGAAGCAGGCGGUUUUUGGCGGUAUAACACUCUUGCUCAUUACAAGGUUGAGGAUAAAGCAACAUUUGCACUUGUUCCUAGAAAUGCCACCUCAUCUUCUUACAAUCUUUCUCUGAUUUCUGAUAAAUCUGACAAAUCUUCUGGUGGUUCUUUUGCAUUUUCUUCUACCCAUUUUCAUCAAUACACUGCUACAGCCAAUAGUCCAGUUCUUCAAAAAACUUCUGCUGUUGGUGGUGGAGGUUCUUUUUUCACUACUGGCUCUAUUGGCGGUCAUUCUAUAGCUGGCGGUGGAAGGUCGGCCGCAGAUACUUUUGCAGCUGGCGGCACUGGAACAAUGCGUGUUUUUCAUUUGGUCAGGCCACCAAACUCAAAUGUUUCUCAUGGAACAGAAGGUCAAGAACAGAAAAUGGUCACUGAAAUUUAUUUAACAAGGCUGCUGACAAUGAAAGGGACAUUACAAAAGUUCAUUGAGGAUAUGCUUGAAACUAUUUUCUCUUCAACCUCAUCACCUCAAUCUCCUUUCCCAUAUUGUGUAAAGUAUAUGUUUGAUUUCCUUGAUGAUCAAGCUCGUGAACAUGGAAUUGUCGACCCUGAAGUGGUGCAUGUAUGGAAGAGCAAUUCACUACCACUUCGUUUUUGGGUUAACCUUAUUAAGAACCCUGAUUUCAUUUUUGACAUCCAAAAGCCGACACGCAUUGAAGGAUCUCUAAAUGUUGUGGCCCAAACUCUUAUGGAUGCAUGUUCUACUCAUGAACAACAUUUAACGAAAGACUCACCAAGUAGUAAACUUCUUUUUGCAAAUGAGAUGGACAAAUAUCGUCAAUGGGUUCAGCGUUUUUAUACUCAAAUUGCAGAGGCAGAGCCAAUUCCUGAUAGAGAGAUGGCUAUGCUUUUGGCUGAAGAGAGUCAAGAACAUGGACAAGAAUUUAUGAUUUACUCGGCUCUUAACGAAAUUUAUUCUUAUGUGAAUCAAAAUAAGGAAAUGCUUUUUGAAGAAUUGAGCCAAAAUGAAUUUGCUUUGCAACAACAACUACCUGAGGCUCUUCAAAAAUUAUUAGAUACAAUGGAAGUUCCUCCCGAUGCUCAAUUCAACGGUUCAAUGUUACUAUCGGAUACUUAUGCCGAUUCGAAGACCAAACUUGUAACACACAACGGUAACUUUUAUUAG